AAUUGUUGCCACAGCCCCAGAAGUAAAGAGAUCUGUGAGAGAAAUGUUCUCACGGCAGCAGCCUUAUUUAGAGUUGGACUCGAUUCUGGGUUAAAAGCUAUGGUAUUUGAGCUAGUUAAACAUGUCUCUCUCUCCCAUUCCAUAGGGAAUGAGCUGUCCUCGUUCCCCACGUCCACCUGCACUUCGUUAAAGAGCAGUGUAUCCGCAUGCCACACCACAAGAUCCCCACAAUGACAUAACUCCAUUCGGAGACUGGCGUGACUGGGCUGGGUCCCCCCCCACCCCCUUCAGCUCUUGUAUCACUAAGAAUCUGGCAGUCAGCUCCCUCUUGACAGAGUUUACAGCACAUAUUGGUGGACUCCUGUCCAUAGUGCAUCUGCUUUAAGAAUUAACGAAAGCAGUGUCAAGACAGAAAGGGUUCAAACCAUUUGCCAAAAAUGAAUCUGGGUGCAUUUGCUCUCUGUUUGGCUUUAAUUGGGGGUGCCAGUGGCCAGUACUAUGAUUAUGAUGUUCCCAUGUCCAUCUAUGGGCUGUCAUCGCCAAACUGUGCACCAGAAUGCAACUGCCCGGAAAGCUACCCCUCUGCCAUGUACUGUGACGAACUGAAACUGAAAAGUAUGCCGAUGGUGCCCCCCGGGAUCAAGUACCUUUACCUGAGGAAUAACCAGAUUGACCAUAUUGAUGACAAGGCCUUUGAGAAUGUCACUGAUCUGCAGUGGCUCAUCCUAGACCACAACCUCCUAGAAAACUCCAAGAUAAAAGGGAGAGUUUUCUCGAAGUUGAAACAGCUGAAGAAGCUUCAUAUAAACUACAACAACCUGACAGAGUCUGUGGGCCCCCUUCCCAAGUCUCUGGAGGAUCUGCAGCUUACUAAUAACAAGAUCACAAAGCUGGGCUCCUUUGAGGGACUGCUAAAUCUGACCUUCAUCCAUCUUCAACACAAUCUGCUAAGGGAUGAAGCGAUUUCAGCUGCUUUCAGAGGACUUAAAUCUCUGGAGUACCUCGAUUUGAGCUUCAAUCAGAUGACUAAACUGCCUUCUGGCCUCCCAGUGUCUCUUCUCACUCUCUACUUAGACAACAAUAAGAUUAACAACAUCCCCGAUGAGUAUUUCAAGCGCUUUAAUGGGCUGCAGUAUCUGCGUUUAUCUCACAAUGAACUGGCUGACGGUGGAGUCCCUGGAAAUUCUUUCAAUGUAUCAUCCCUGGUUGAGCUGGAUCUCUCCUAUAAUAAACUUAAAAGCAUUCCGACUGUCAAUGAGAACCUUGAAAACUAUUACCUGGAGGUCAAUGAACUGGAAAAGUUUGAGGUAAAGAGCUUCUGUAAGAUCCUGGGACCACUGUCCUACUCCAAGAUCAAGCAUUUGCGUCUGGAUGGCAAUCGCCUGACGGAAGGCAGUCUGCCUCCUGAUAUGUACGAGUGUCUACGGGUAGCAAAUGAAAUCACUGUUAAUUAACUUCUGCUAAUCCCAGUUAUAUUGAGGUGUAUCCUGGAGGAAAACUGUAUGGUUACAUUUCUGUGUGUAAGUUUUCAUUGUAUCCUUUUUGUUGUUGUUGUUGUUGUUGUUACUGUUUAUUCCAUGAAUUUUUAAUUCUUAAGGAAAAUGUUUUGUAAACAUUUACCACUUUUUCUUAAAGAAAAGAUGAAAGGCAGGCCUAUUUCAUCGCAAGAACACACACAUACACACAAGUAGAAAACAAACUCAACUCUUUACUUGUAAAUUUGGUGUUUUCUGUAUCUCUCCUGUCAAAUGAUGUGCAAAACCUUCUACUCAUUGCAUGGACAUCAAAGUUUAUAAUCCGUAUAUCUUAACUUAAUGUGUCCAAAACCAUGGAUUACAUAUAUUUGGAUGUUUACUGUCUUGGACAAAAUUAUCUUGAUAUCCGAAUUUGUUUCUGUUAAAAAAUAGGUGAUAUAUUUGGAGACCAAUAAUUCUGCAAAAUAUUAGACAAAAAUUAUAAAGCCACAUGCAUUUAAAGAAGUAUUUUAGCAUUAAGAAUUUGCAUACUUACCUAGUAUAAUUUUGUUUUCUAGAAGUAUUUUUCACUCUAAGUCAUGUAUGUGUUUCUUUUUGAUUAUUUGCAUGUUAUGUUUAAUAAGCUAAUAGCAAAAUAAAACAUAGCAAAUGGCAUCAGUGUUCGACUUUUUGUGAAAUUCAUAUCUCCCCCACAUAAAAUAAAAGAAUAGAUUAGGAUUAAAAAGAUAUCUCUAGCCUGUAAUAUUUUACUAAGGUGGACAUGGAAUUUUUGAUUAAAUAAUUUGCUUUUAGAAUUCAUUACAAGGAGUUUAUAAACACAUCUUAUAAUACAUAAUUAGAUCUCAAAACUUUCUUAGUUUCUUUAUUACCAUCCUUGUUUUUAUAGAUUCAUAUCCAAUAAUAUUUGAUUAAAUGAGAAGUCUCUCUAAGAUCUCAGCAAUCACUUAAUGUGAUUGUUAAGCAAAAAUGGUAGAUAACUCCCAGGAUUAAAAAUGUUAAAAUUUUUUGAAAACGAUACUUUAAAAAUGAAUUAAUCUUGAAACCAAUACAUCUGGAACAGAGGUUUUGAGUUUGUAAUAUGUAAUAACACUUUCAGCUUUCUAUAAUACUGGUACCCACAAUUUGACACAAUUGAAAGUAGUAGUGCAUAUAAUUUAUUAAAAAUAACUUUCAUCUUACUUAGUUAAAAACAAAAACUAUGUUUGAAGCCAAAUGUACUUAGAGAACAUGGCACACUCAUGGAAGCUUCCUAAAAACAAUCUCUAAUAAUAAUUAAGUUCUGUUCUUCAAAAUAUUCUUUGAGUAUCUUGAUCUACCACAGUUCUCUUCACUACCUAUUUCCUAUAUCAUUUUGGUAGCCUGAAAUAUUCCUUGAGUGGCCACAAAUUUGUAGUCUAAUGCAUAUUCAUCCCAUAAAAGUGAAUUUGGAGUCAAACAUGUAUCUAAAACAGAGUAAUAUCUCCAAAGCAUAAUAAACUUUAAGAGAUCA